GUCAUACCGGCUCCGGCCCUAAUGCCACGCAUGCGCGGCAGCCAGAGACUAGCGGGUGCGCUGUCGCAGUAGGUGCGGUGUGCGAUAAGAUGGCGGCAACUCAGUGGCUUCGCUGGCUGGUGCUGCUGCGGUGCGGGGCUGCCCUGUGCGCUGGGCUGUACUUUCACAUCGGCGAGACGGAGAAGAAGUGCUUCAUCGAGGAGAUUCCGGACGAAACCAUGGUGAUAGGUAACUACAAAACUCUGAUGUACGACAAACAGAGGGAGGAAUACCUGCCAUCUCCGCAGGGACUGGGGAUGUUUGUGGAAGUGAAGGACCCAGAGGAAAAGGUUGUUCUCUCGAGACAGUACGCGUCUGAAGGAAGGUUCACUUUCACCUCCCACAUUCCAGGAGAACAUCAGAUCUGCCUUCACUCCAAUUCUACCAAACUCUCCCUUUUUGCAUCGGGAAUGCUGCGGGUUCACCUGGAUAUCCAGGUUGGUGAACAUGCCAAUGAUUAUGAGCAGAUUGCAGCCAAGGACAAGCUGUCAGAGCUUCAGCUCCGUGUGAGACAACUGAUUGAACAAGCGGAGCAGAUCCAGAAGGAACAGAACUACCAACGGUACCGUGAGGAACGUUUUCGGGGAACAAGCGAGAGCACCAACCAGCGAGUCCUGUGGUGGUCAAUUGUGCAAACACUGAUCCUCAUUCUGACUGGAAUCUGGCAGAUGAGGCAUUUGAAAAGCUUCUUUGAAGCCAAGAAACUAGUGUAGGACACAGUUGCAAUAACCUAUUAUCUAACUGGUUAAUUUUAACUACUUGGCUUGUCGGCCAAACGCACGUUUCCAAGUACGCAACUUAAAUCAUGGAAUGGAAUUCACCCGCCCACACCCCUCCUUCCCAAAACCAAAUGAAGAUCCGAUCGUCACGUGGAUCCUGGCAAGCUCCGCGGCUCAUUGUCUCUGGCAGUCGUCUUGGAUAUUGUCUAGAAUCCACCGGCUACCUAAAAGUGUCAAUUGGCUACCAAUGGUGAGGUGCGUAAGUGCUGAAAUCCCUAUCCAACCUGCACCUGUCUGCGUAUGAUCAGAAAGUGUCCUCUUUGUGUUGGUUUGGGUCACUAAAUAUUUGUCAAUGUAAGUUUUCUCACCAAAUUCCAUUCAAUAAUCCCCGAGCAUUUGAGUAUUGCUCUGCAGUAUGUAAAUGUAAUGUUCUCUUUGCGCCCCCCUACCCCACCACCACACACAACACAUUACAAUGCAGCAGCUCCAUUUAAUUUUUUUUUCUUCAUUUCAGUGCAUCUCUCUUUUCUCUGCACUGGUAAAUAAGAGUGGGAACGAGUGUGUGGACACCAGUUACCGUCAUUUAAGAUACACUUUAAAAUGAGAAUCUACAUUCUUGCUUAUUUUUAAGAAAGAUUCUGUUUUUUUGGCUCACUAAUAGCCCUGGUGUGCCAAGCUUUUAACUGUACUGGUCGGACCUGUGCAAAGGGCAACAGGUUGAUCAGUUCUCAUGUUCGCUGUAGUUAAAGGAGAGCGAGAGGAGAAAUGCUGAUGAAGGAUUUGAUUCCUUGGUCUGACUGUACAAAUGAAUGGAAAGUAAUUUAUUGUGGUCUUUUUAAAGCCUUCUGAUUUUGGUCGUAUGUUAAAACAUUGGUGGUGGGGUGGGGGUACGAAGAGGACGUCUGAAACGCUGUAGGCUUGUUAAAUUUCGCUACUGGAACGGGUGCGAGUGGGAAGGGAUUAUGUUUCUGGAGCUGCACUUGAUUCAGGUUGUUCAAAGCAGCUAUAUAUAAUUCCAGCAAGACUCUACUUCUGAUCAGGGAUCCAAUAGCACACUAGUGGGCAUUAAAAUUGCACAAGCAUUUUGCUUUGACUGCAUUCAAAUGAUUGACCUUUCACACAGUCCCAAAUUGGCGUUUACGACAGACUUGUAAAGUUUAUGCAGCGUUUUAUCAAUUUAUGUCGCAGUUGAGUCAAAGGAUUGUUACCUUAGCAGGUACUUUGCCUCUUUUUCCUCUUAUGGAUGCUUUCCCUUGCCCCUUUUUUCUGGGAAGGACAGAUGAUGGCUAGUGCUGCCUCUCAGUUUCUACUAAUUGGAGGAACUGUCACUACAGCAAGAACAGCCCGCAUUGGAUUAUUAGGCACAAAUCUAACCACCUCUCCAAACUUAAUCCAGUUCAACUUUGAGCUCUAUAUUUACAUUUAAACUUCCAUCAAUAGUCUGUGAGCCCUGUACCCAAGAAACUGGAUUUUAAAAAAUAAUCCAAACUUGAUGCCUCUCGCUGCUAUCCUUUGUUUCCCACGGCUGCCAUUUUGAUGACUCACCUGAGGUGCAGAUUUGGUUUCCGCAGAAGCCUUUGAUGAUGCAGAGCAGUCUGCUUACGGGAGAAUGCAGCUCGGGUGAUGAAUGGGUUUAGUGGCCUGAAUGAAUCACAACCUACAGUGAGCAUACGUGAUUGAUGUGAGCCUACAGUUGGGUUGGAAGGCUGAUGGGCUUGGGUUGCAGGCCUUUGACCUCUUGCCUAAUUUGCCAGUAGAGGGCAAACAGGCUUAUGAGAUUUUAUACAAUAUUUGCUUUGCUUGGCUUUCGAAGACCUCUUCAAGGAGCCACCUGAUUGGUAGAACAGUAUUGCUCUUCCUGCCAAGCAGGAAUAAAUUAGGGUGUUUAUGUACAUAUACACAGUUUUAGUCUAUUUAGUUAAGGGGUGGGUCAGGUUUGCUCAUUGGUAUGUAUUUAACAUACUGUUCUGGGUACAGUGCCCUGAUUGCAUCGUUGCAACUUCUGAAAGCGCUAUUGAAUCAGAGGAAUGGGUUGGGGCAAAGAUGGGGAGUGAAUGAUUAAAAUAGGCAACGUACCUGUCUGGGUCAUCACGGUGAAGACACCCAUGUGUAUUUCUAGCAACGCACUCGGGUUCUAAAUGUAAUUCUCUGUUCAAAUGGGUUUUCUAACAUUGACUUUGCUUUGGUUUCCUUUUUCUGGAACUUGAUGUAUUUUGUGAAGAGAUUAAUUUGGCUAAUGAGAUUUUCCGUGUGUGUGUAUUGAAAUAAGCCCCAUGAUGAGUCUGUUUUACUUUAUUACUGCUUUUGUGAACAUUAUUUUCAGUUCUCAUCUUUUUUUGAAAUAAACUACUUCCAUUCUU